AUGGCGGGUUUGAUGGACGUGGAUCGCUCGCGGUCCCGCAGAGACCGGACUUUUGUCGGCAGCGAAUGCGCCGUCUGUGAGGAGCCGUUGGAACAUACACUGCGUGGAGAGCGCGUGCUGCAGUUUUCUUGCGCUCACGUGUCCCACGAGGCUUGCUUCUAUGAGUUUAUCCGGGAGUUUGAGGGUCAAUAUUGUCCGACAUGCGAUGCGCCGUUAGGGCUCGACACGAGCCGCGGCGGAAACAUUCUAGAUAUCGAAAAACUUAGCAACAUUGUCCGCUCUGUCACGAGUGAUGCAGCCACCCAGCGCAGCGGUAUCACUACCCCCACGCCGUGGGAGCCGAGCCCCCACCCGAUGCGCCAGCCCAGCAACGCCGGGAGUCACGCCGGGAGCCAGUCGUUUGUCGGAAGUCAAUCAUUUAAUCGUGAUAGUCGAGACAUGUACGUUCGUCGCGACAGCCGGGACAACGGCAGCCACCGAGAACGGGAACGGAUCGAGCGCCUCACCACCGGUUCCCGUCAGCAACAUUCGCGGAACGGAAGCGCCGCGGGAUCGUCGGGCGAGUACAACGAUCACCAGAAUGCUGUGAACGGGCGACGACAUGACUACGACCUCCAGGCCAUGGAAUCGGAUUUGAGCCCGCGUGCCGGGGCUAUGAAAAACCCGAUCCCUGCUCCGACGGUGACCAUCCGUAGCGAAUUCCCUACCCUCAACCGGUCUCGUCAGCAGCAGUCGUUGACCUGUUUGAUCACCGUCGAAGUUCCCGAGGGCUGGCAUCCCAACUCGGAGGAUUUGCGCCACUCGACCGCCCCUUCGCAACCCCAGGAUGAACCCUACGGCGCCAUGCGCUUUCCCACCGCCCCCGAAGCCCAGCCAAUCCCCUAUGAACCCCAGGAGAAUUUGGACGAGAUUGCCGAGCAGUUGCGGAACCGAGUCGAUAACUGGCAUGGCCUCGAGUUUCAAAGGUUUGGAAAGCUACGUAUGCAUGGCCAAAUGCGGGUCGGUAAAGACCGGGAAUCGUGGCAGGAAUUGGAAUGCUACUUGUUUGCGGAGAUGCUUAUCUGCAUCAAGGAAAAGAAGAUCAGUAGCCGUCAUCAACAAUAUGACGAACAGAACUCCAAGCCGCGCACCCGGUGUACGCUCAAGGGAUCUAUUCUCAUCAAGAAGCAUCUCAAGAACAUGGAUGCUUCUGCGGAAGAGCCCAUUCUCACCUUGAAUUUGUCUGUCAGCGAACUGCCCUGCUUCUACCUCCAAUUCCAGAACCGGAAUCAACUGGAGCUUUGGCGCCGUGCACUCCUUGACCUUCAUCAAAUCGAACACCCUCCCCGAAACGCCGACUACGAUCUCGAUAACUCCGGAGCAGAGGACGAUGAGUACCGGGCGAGUCAGAUCAAACGGCAAGCGUCGCUAAACUCCUCGUACGGAGCUGCACGGUCCAACAAUACCGCCAUCACCGACUAUACGAACGCGGGUGGAGAGGGGCCAUCAGCUCCCUUGCAUAUUCCGCUUGACAUCGUGGUGGUGAUCCCGGUAUCGUCGUCUAUGCAAGGGUUGAAGAUCACCCUCCUGCGCGAUGCUCUCAAGUUCCUCGUGCAGAGUCUCGGCCCGCGCGAUCGCAUGGGACUGGUAACUUUUGGCUCGAGCGGCGGUGGAGUCCCUCUGGUGGGCAUGACCACGAAGUCCUGGGGUGGAUGGAACAAGAUUUUGAACUCCAUUCGUCCGGUCGGACAGAAGAGUCUCCGCGCGGAUGUGGUGGAAGGUGCCAAUGUUGCGAUGGAUCUGUUGAUGCAGCGCAAAUCCUCCAACCCCCUUUCUACCAUCCUCCUGAUCAGCGACUCCUCCACGUCGGACCCGGAAAGUGUGGAUUUCGUGGUAUCCAGGGCUGAAGCUGCCAAAGUUAGCAUUCAUUCUUUCGGACUCGGAUUGACGCACAAGCCGGAUACCAUGAUCGAGCUGUCGACACGAACCAAGGGAUCCUACCUCUACGUGAAGGAUUGGAUGAUGCUUCGGGAAUGUGUUGCCGGCUGCUUGGGGUCUCUGCAGACCACGGCUCACCAGAAUGUCAAGCUGAAGCUUCGUCUGCCCGAAGGUUCCCCGGCCAAGUUUGUCAAGAUCAGCGGGGCCCUUCAUACCACAAAACGGGCCACCGGGCGCGAUGCCGAGGCAGCUCUGGGAGACCUGCGAUUCGGAGAUAAGCGCGAUGUUCUAGUCCAGCUUGUUAUCCAGCCCGACAAUUCCACGCAGGAAAACAUGCCCCAGGAUCCCUGGGAGAGUCUGGUGUCGGGAUUGGAAGCUCUUGGUGGAGGGUCGGACGGGGAUGAGCAACGUGUACUCAGCGUGGAGGAAGUUCCGCUCAUCCAGGCCGAUCUGACCUACGGCGACCUCCUGCGUGAUGGCCAUUUGACCCAUUCCCCUCGACCAUCGCUUCUGGCGAUUACUAUGCUGCCACCAAACCCGCGGUCCAAGAGCUCCGGCCGACCGUCGACGCCUCCCAUCCCCCCUCAUCCCUCGAUCGUCCAGCGACGCAUGGAGCUUCUCACGUCGGAUAUGCUGACUCGGGCGCUGACUCUGGUCUCACGCGGACAAAGUGACCGGGCCCAGCAUCUCUUGAUGGAGACCCGCAGUAUUCUCAAGGGCUUAGGCAAGGGAAGCCUUCCCCCACUGCCGCCCGGUGCUGCGAAACCCUCUGGCAGUAGCGAGGCUGGUAGCCGGGGAGAAACCCCCACCUCGAGCUCGCCGAAGUCCUCGAACUUCGGUGACAGCCACUCCUCCGCGCCUUCGGAGACGCCGACCAUUUCUCCCGGAGCUGCCGUCGACUCCCAAACCAUCACGGCACUGGAUGCGGACCUGGCAUCUGCCCUGGAAUGGAUCAACCACCCCGCCGUAUUCUCGCGAGACUCCCGCAAGGCCGUGUUGCAGGGCAUUGGAGUCAUUUCCUCGCAGCGAGCAUACACCUUCCGCUCCCCGUCCGAAGCUCACUGGGCACAGCGAGUGGCCGGCGUCCGUCGGCUCACCGAGCGGUCCAAAGAAUGGCGUGAGACGGGUGAUGAUGCAUUGACUGAAGAAUAG